AUGCUCUGUUACCUCAUACUUUGGCCUGUGGUGGCAGCAGCCUUGGGAGGGAACCAAACAUGCAAAUGCUUCCCUUGGGAUUCUUGUUGGCCAUCAGAGAACGAAUGGAAUACUCUCAACACCACUGUAACCGGUCGUCUCAUCAAGACGGUACCGCUCGGGUCGCCCUGUCAUGACCCCAACUAUAACGAGAGUUUGUGCAAUGAUCUCGCGUCUGAGUGGACGUAUUCGCCGGUCCAUAUCAACUCAUCUUCUUCGGUUCAGGCACCCAUAUUUGCCAACGCUAGCUGCGACCCUUUCACAUCGGAGGGCUCUCCUUGCCUCUUUGGAAAUUACGUUCGCUAUGCAGUGAAAGCAAUGGGAGCUGACGACAUCGCGGCAACGAUCCGAUUUGCAGAGAAACACAACAUCAGACUCGUAAUUCGCAAUACCGCACACGAUUAUAUGGGACGAUCCACUGGAGCAGGCGGACUUGCCAUUUGGACUCAUUUCCUCAAGGAUACGCAAAUCAAGGACUGGUCAGAUGCUGAGUAUACCGGAAAGGCCAUACAAAUCGGUGCCGGAAUAGAGGGUUACGAGGCUCUGGAUGCUGCCGCUGCCGUUGGCCUUGUGGCGGUGACAGGCGAGUGCCCAACUGUAGGCGUGGCUGGUGGCUAUGUCCAGAAUGGCGGCCACUCGCCUCUCGCUACAGCCUUGGGCCUAGCCGCCGACCAAACGCUCGAGUUCGAAGUGGUAACUGCCAACGGGGAGAUGGUCACAGCCAGCCCAUUCAGCAACAAUUCCGAUCUUUUCUGGGCUUUGAGUGGCUCUGGCGCCGGCAACUACGGCGUCGUGGUGUCUGUGACCCUCAAACUUCAUGCUGAUGCUAUCACCAGCGGCGCCGCCUUCGUCAUCGAGGAGCUGGGUCUUGACUAUGCAGCCGUACUCGACGCCUGGCAUACGGCUCUCCCGGGCAUCCUUGACGCUGGCAACAUGGCAACAUACUACGCGACCAACACUAGCAUGACCCUGUACUCCCUGACGGGCUACAACCGCACGAAGGCCGACCUCGCAAUCGCGCUCGCUCCCGUGCUCAGCUCAUUUGCCUCCAUGAAUGUCAGCGUUCAGCCCAACUACACGUCGUUUGACUCGUACCAAGACUACUACACAUACUACUUCGGCCCCCUGCCCGCAGGCCACUUUGGCGCAGCGGGUGGGUCGCUGAUUGGCGGACGCUUCCUCCUACGCGACGCCCUUCCGGACGUUGGCGCCGCCAUCAAUGCCUCAACGCUGCAGAUCGGUGGGACGUUCAUUGGCCAAGCAGUUAAUGUGUCGCGCUUCGAGAGCGCAACCCGCGCCGUGAUGCCUCAGUGGCGCCACGCCGCAGUGAUGUCGUCCUAUUCGCUGCCGUACUCUUUUAACGUGCCGUUUUCCGAGAUGAAGGCGCGGCAGGACCGCAUCACAAAUGAAAUCAUGCCCAAGAUCGAGGCCGUGACCCCUGGUGCUGGGGCGUACAUCAACGAGGCGGACUACCAGCAACGUGAUUGGCAAGAUGUUUUCUUUGGGAGUAAUUAUGACAACUUGCUGAUGGUGAAGAGGAAGUACGACCCCAAGGGCUUGUUUUGGAAUCCCAUAGCUGUGGGAAGCGAAGGGUGGGAGAUCCUUCCAGACGGCAGAAUGUGCAAAACUAAUUUCGAAACUCUGGCUGGGUCUACGACAGGGUAGAGAUGUAGGAGGAAAUCGAGUGGCCGUCACCAGCAGAAGACAAAGACCCUAGGAAAGUGCAAGGAGAACAAAGUAUGACAUCGUGUCUAAUUUAUCCAGUUCUUUCUCAAGUGCUAUAUUUCCCCUCGCCUCCUGAUUAUGGGCCGAGGUUCUUCAUAAUACUACGAAUGCCGUCUCUUCAUCAGAUAAACCUAAUAUUGUCUAUGUUCUUGCUCACAUAGAAAUAAACCAAAUAAUUACUG